AGAGAUUGGCCUCAUACAGUUUCCACCUACUCUAUUGCACUAACAAAUACUUUUUCUUUUAUCUUAAAAAGAAGCAUGAUAGGAAUGAUUAUCUUUGUAUGACAUUCAUCAUAUUCUCAACUCUCCAUUUUCUUUCCCACUAAUAAUAACUAGCUAUCUCCCUCUCUCUAACGGUCUGGUUGCAUUAGACAAGAAGGAGAAAGAAUGAAAGAGAUGAGGGUUUCAGCGUUUUGGGUUCUUCUACUGGUUUCUUGUUUCUUCUACAAAUCCAAAGGAGCCAUUGUUCCUGCACUCAUAAUCUUUGGUGACUCCAUUGUUGACGUUGGCAACAACAAUAACUUACUCAGCAUUGUUAAAUCAAACUUCCCUCCUUAUGGCAGAGACUUCACCAACCAAACACCCACCGGAAGAUUCUGCAACGGAAAACUCGCUGUAGAUUUCUCAGCUGAGUACCUUGGAUUCUCUUCCUACCCACCUGCGUUCCUAAGCCGAGAAGCAAGAAACGAUGAUUUCUUGAUUGGUGCCAACUUUGCAUCAGCAUCUUCAGGAUACUAUGAUGCCACAUCUGUUCCAUUUGGCGCAAUCCCCUUAACAAGACAGCUUAGCUAUUACAGGACGUAUCAAAACAGAGUGAGGAGCAUGAUAGGGAGGGAGAGAGCACGCACUAUGUUCUCUAAAUCUAUCCAUAUUUUGAGUGCAGGAUCUAGCGACUUUCUUCAGAACUAUUACAUCAAUCCACUGCUCAACAUCCUAAAUACACCUGAACAGUUCUCUGAUAUUCUCAUGCGAUCUUACUCAGAGUUCAUCCAGAAUCUGUAUGAACUAGGAGCAAGGAGAAUUGGAGUGAUAUCGUUACCGCCAAUGGGUUGCUUGCCUGCAGCUAUCACUCUUUUCGGUGCAGGAAACAAGAGUUGUGUCGAGAGGCUAAACAAUGAUGCUGUCAUGUUCAACACCAAACUUGAAUCCACAACUCAGACAUUGAUGAAACGACACUCAGGCCUCAAGCUUGUCGCCUUUAACGCCUACCAACCUCUCAUGGACAUCAUCACCAACCCUUAUGAUAAUGGAUUCUUUGAAACAAAAAGGGCGUGCUGUGGAACAGGAACAGUAGAGACAUCGUUCCUUUGCAACUCUCUAUCCUUGGGAACGUGUUCAAAUGCCACAGGGUACGUGUUUUGGGAUGGAUUUCAUCCCACAGAGGCCGUGUACGAGCUGUUGGCUGGUCAACUAUUGAGUCAAGGGAUUUCUCUAAUCUCUUGAAUUAAAUUCCAUCUCAAUGAAUUCAAAUUGUAUACCUACAAAUAGCUACCCUUAUCACUCUCUCUUUCUAGGGAUGUGUGUGUGUGUGAAGUAUCUGACUCUAAAAACUAAAAAAUAAGAGAGACAGCGUGUGUGUGAGAGUGGAUGAAACUACCAUUUUGUUUUGUGUGAUGCGUUAAUAGAUACAAGCUUUGUUAAAGACGAUCACGGUCUUUGGUAAUUUGUGUUCUUGAUCUAUCUCUAGAGCAUUUUUAUUAUUU